CCUCUCCUCAAAUAACCAUAAUAAUGUCCUUGAGAACUCUUGCCAGAUCAAGCGUGCGUGUUCCACGCGGUGUCACAAGUAUAGUUUCCACAAGAUGGUACUCUCCUGCCAAGACAUCCGACCAGAAAUUGACACCAGAAGAAGCAAGAAAACAAGCAGCCCAAUUAGCUCUUCAAUCACUUAAAGAUUUCGGAUCGCUCUUAUCAUCGUCAUCUUCUGAUGAAGCCACCCAACCAAUUGACACUGCACCUAUAUUUGAAGAUCCUACUUUAUUCGGUAGCUUAAGUUUAUUACACCAAGGACAAGUGUUGAAGGAAUUGCAAGAGAAAUAUGACAAGAAGUGGGAAAAGUUGACAUUGAAAGACAAGAAAUUGGGCUAUUAUAUCGCAUAUGGGAACUGGGGAUCGCGUGAAAAGUUCGAUAACUGGAAUACUUUGGAAGCACCUUAUGAUUUACCAUUCACAGUUCCUUCACAAGUUAAGAAUAGUCACCCGGAGGCAAAAACUGUUAUUAAGAAGUUGGAACCUGUUAUAUUGGCCGAGACUGAAGUGAGAAAGGAUCAGUUUGAUUUCAAGAGAAUGGAUGGUGCAACCAAGUUCUUUAUCUACUUGACUGCAUUUAUUGUAUUAUUCGGGUUAUAUAGAGAUAAGAAAAUUGGUGAAGAUGGAAAACCGGUUGAAAUUAUUAUAGAGGAUCAUUAUGAGAAGGCAAGACAGGCCAGGAUUGCCCAAGAAGAAGAAGAAAAGUUACAACGUCAAGUUGAACAAAGAAUAGCUACACAAAAGCUUGAACAAGCCACUAACCAAAGAAAAUGGUAUUACUUAUGGUUAAAGUAAACCUCGCCCCCCCCCACACCCCCACUAUCAUCAUGUAAAUAGAGAACCACUACAAAUAGUAUAAUACACAUU